AAAUCGGGUAUGUUUCCUAUCUCAAAUCGGUUCGAAGGUUGCCCGUCCCGAGUUCCCUAAAAGUGCCAAAGUUUCCUCAUCAGUAAAGUAGAGCAUAGGUCUAGCCAGCAAGUCACCAUGUCUCAAUGGGAACUUAUGAAUAAAUCUGAGCUGGACAAGCAAUAUUCACCAAGGCAGUGGUCUCACAGAAUGUCCGGCGAUGAAGUUGUCAAUUCACAUGUGACUUCGGUGAAAGCAGGCACAGAGGCAGCCUGCAAAAUUGCUCAGACGCUGCAAGAUGUUCCAUAUGGACAGGGAGAAGAUGAGAAAUUGGACGUGUACAUGCCACAACUAACCUCUGCUGAAUGUCCCCUGCUAAUUUAUCUCCACGGGGGUUACUGGCAGUUCUUAAGCAAGGAGGAGUCUGGUUUCAUGGCUGUCCCUCUGGUCCCAAAAGGAGUAGCUGUGGUGGCUGUGGAUUAUAGCAUUGCCCCCAAAGGGAACAUGGAUUUAAUGGUGUCACAGGUGCGGAGAAGUGUGGUAUCCAUCAUUCAGCAGUACUCACACAUAAGUGGACUGUACCUUUGUGGACAUUCAGCAGGUGCCCAUCUCGUGGCCAUGAUCCUCUCGACAGACUGGUCUCAGUACAGUGUCACGCCUAAGAUCGACGGUGCAUUUCUCGUGAGUGGGAUUUAUGAUAUUGUACCAAUCAUCUCCACAUAUGUGAAUGAGCCUCUCAAGAUGACCAAGGAGGUAGCGCUGCGAAACUCCCCCACACAGCUUCUUCAGCAGCUUAAAGUCUCCUCCACUACUUCUGAAAUUGUGGUUGCUGUUGCACAGUUCGAUUCCCCAGAGUUCCGGAGACAGUCAAAAGACUACUUCAAUGCUUUGGAGUCCUUGGGUAUGAAAGUCACAUUUGAAGACGUCCCAAACACGGAUCACUUCGACAUCAUAGAAAAGUGUGUUGAUUCAGACUACCACCUUACCCAGCUUCUUCUUAAGAUGAUGGGGAAACACUGAAGGGACUCGGUGGCACACCAGACACUUGUGGACAGCCCAAUCCACUUCCUCAGUGCUUCUAAUUAGAACAGGAUAGUAGUAUAAGGCCUUCAAGUAUGAUGACAUUUUCAUGCAGCUUGAUAAUUAACUGAAAUAAUUCAACAGCAUAUACGUAAUUAAAGGACUUUUGGCUAUUUACAGAAUGGUUCAUGGAUUGCCAUAGAAAAUGUCUGAGAAAAAUGUAGACUAAGUUUGGGGAAAAAAUUACAAAUUGUGCCGGCUGAAUCUGUGAAACGUGUAAGGCUAGCAGCUACUCAAAAUAAAAUACUGAAUUUUG